AUGCUGGUCCUCGCCAUCUUCAUCUUGUCGGCUGUUGCUGCCACUCCUGUCCCUCCCAUAACCAGCGCCGCCAGCAACAAAUAUGCUUUCGUCCCGGCGACCAACAGCCUUUUAUUCGGCAAUGGAUACUCGGUGACGUGGGGUGCCACGGGAAUUACCUCCGCUGUCGACUCCCAUGGCGCACCUCUCAAAGCCGUCAAAAACCCCGCCAACGGAUCCGUCACAGUUGAUGGCGCGUACACCACCUACCCUAACGGCACGCUCACCGGUCCCGGCAUUGUAAUCGUUAUCAGUGGGCCCACCGCGGGGUUCAGCAUGGGAAAGACGAUGUUCCUGAAGAGCGAAACGAUCGUGGACACUUCGAGAAAGCCAGUUGUGCCGAAUGCCAAUGCGGAUGGGUCGUACACUGCAGGGGACCUAAAAUGGUGGAGCAACGGCACCAUUGUUGGCCCCACUGGCGCAUCGAUCUAUCUCAGCGCACCGCUCACCCUCAACCCUGAUGACACCAUUGGUUUGGUUGAUCCCAGUAGCAACUACUCCUACAACCCGACCGCCAACAGCCUGACGUUCGGCAAUAGCUACACGGUGACGUGGAGUGAGACAGAAAAACUAACCUCCGCUGUCGACUCCACGGGCGGGAAAUUCAAAGGCACCAACAACCGUGAUGGAUCCUCCACUAUUGAUGGCGUGUACACCGCGUACGGCUACGGCACGCUCACUGGUUCGGGCAUCGUCGUCUUCAUUAGCGGACCCACUGCCGGGUUCACCAUGGGAAAGACGACGUUCCUGAAGAACGCUACGAUUGUGGACGCCUCGGGAACUCCAGUUGUGUCGACUGCCAAUGCGGACUGGUCGUACACUGCAGGGGACCUGACUGGGUGGAGCAACGGCACCAUUGUUGGCCCCACAGGUGCAUCGAUCUAUCUCGGCGCACCGCUCACCCUCAACUCUGAUGGCACCGUUACUUUUGCCAGCAACAGUGGCGGCAGUGGCAGUGCUCCUUCUGCUGCUCCGCCUGCUCCAAGUGGCAGUGCUCCUUCUGCUACUCCUUCUCCUCCCCCACCCAUGGCUGCAGGUUUGCUUGCUACACCAGCCACUACUCUCACCGCUGUCAUCACUCUGAUGCUUGGUUCAAUUCUAUUCGUGUAA